CUUCAGCUGACCUACUUCCUACAUCCGGGACUUGGCGGGAGAAUUUCAAGAUGGCGGCGCAGCUAACGGAUGAAGAGCUGCGAGCAGAGUUGAAAUCUUUAGGCCAAAAUGUUGGCCCCGUUACCGCGACCACACGGCGCCUGUACGAAACAAAGCUCACACAGCUUCGGUCGCAGCGAAGGAAAUCGUCCACAGCGGCCUCCGGCGUGAAACCGUCGCGGAAACUCAUCGGGUUCAGCUCGGACGAGAGCGAGGGGGAAGCCGCCGAGAGGAACGGCCAGAAAUUCCGACACAGACGGACACCAAAGUCUCGACCCUCCCGGACCGUGAACAGGUCCGAGAAUUCGUACGAAAAUGUGGCAGACUCUAGAGGAGCUUCCGCGAAGGCUCGUGUGAGCGUCGACUCCCGGUCCGGCCGGAAAAGUGGUGUUUUGGGGAGUGUUGUUGGAGUGCGCCGCCGAGGCGCCACCCCGCCUGUCCACGAUCACAAACCCACGCCAGACGACGAGGAAUAUUCCGACACGGACGGAGAUCUGCCAGACGGGCUGGCGAGCUACGCCGCGGCAGGAGGCGAAGGGAGCGUCAACGGACAGGACAGUUUUGAUAUGAACCGUACAUUCAACAAGACGGGCGACGCGACGCCGCCGAGUUUCAGCCUCAACACGUGGGGAUCCAGCAAAAACUCCACUCCGCGAACAAGCACACCGACAAAAAAAACAUCCACACCCGACAUGGGCGCGACCAACUCCAGACUCAAACCCAUCGCCAACCAUGCAAACCACAUCCACAGCAAUAGGAAACAGAGUAAAAUGACUGUUUGGGUGUCGUCUCCCCUUUCCAGACCCCCUCUCCCCACCCAUCGGAGACCCCCCAACUCCACCACCCCCCAACAACCGAACGGCGGAACGCCAGCCCCAAAGGACUACAACAACGGCGAGGAGGAUAUCCUUCAGAAGGAGUUCCAGACAGCAGAGGACCUUAACAGUGUUUCAGGCGGUGUGUACUGGGGCCAGUACUGAUGCUGUUCUUCCUUUCUGCAGUGUUUCAGGCGGUGUGUACUGGGGCCAGUACUGAUGUGUUCUUCCUUUCUGCAGUGUUUCAGGCGGUGUGUACUGGGGCCAGUACUGAUGUGUUCUUCCUUUCUGCAGUGUUUCAGGUGGUGUGUACUGGGGCCAGUACUGAUGCUGUUCUUCCUUUCUGCAGUGUUUCAGGCGGUGUGUACUGGGGCCAGUACUGAUGUGUUCUUCCUUUCUGCAGUGUUUCAGGCGGUGUGUACUGGGGCCAGUACUGAUGUGUUCUUCCUUUCUGCAGUGUUUCAGGUGGUGUGUACUGGGGCCAGUACUGAUGCUGUUCUUCCUUUCUGCAG